AUGAUGAGCAGGAACGGGCCACCGCACGAGAGCGAUGCAGCACAGCACCAACAGGUUCAGGCACCGCGCAUCCACGAAGCGAUGGUGAGCAGGAACGGGCCACCGCGCGAGAGCGAUGCAGCACAGCACCAACAGGUUCAGGCACCGCGCAUCCACGAAGCGAUGAUGAGCAGGAACGGGCCACCGCGCGAGAGCGAUGCAGCACAGCACCAACAGGUUCAGGCACCGCGCAUCCACGAAGCGAUGAUGAGCAGGAACGGGCCACCGCACGAGAGCGAUGCAGCACAGCACCAACAGGUUCAGGCACCGCGCAUCCACGAAGCGAUGAUGAGCAGGAACGGGCCACCGCACGAGAGCGAUGCAGCACAGCACCAACAGGUUCAGGCACCGCGCAUCCACGAAGCGAUGGUGAGCAGGAACGGGCCACCGCGCGAGAGCGAUGCAGCACAGCACCAACAGGAUCAGGCACCUCGCAUCCACGAAGCGAUGAUGAGCAGGAACGGGCCACCGCACGAGAGCGAUGCAGCACAGCACCAACAGGUUCAGGCACCGCGCAUCCACGAAGCGAUGGUGAGCAGGAACGGGCCACCGCGCGAGAGCGAUGCAGCACAGCACCAACAGGAUCAGGCACCGCGCGUCCACGAAGCGAUGAUGAGCAGGAACGGGCCACCGCACGAGAGCGAUGCAGCACAGCACCAACUGGUUCAGGCACCGCGCAUCCACGAAACGAUGAUGAGCAGGAACGGGCCACCGCACGAGAGCGAUGCAGCACAGCACCAACAGGAUCAGGCACCGCGCGUCCACGAAGCGAUGAUGAGCAGGAACGGGCCACCGCACGAGAGCGAUGCAGCGCAGCACCAACCGGAUCAGGCACCGCGCAUCCACGAAGCGAUGAUGAGCAGGAACGGGCCACCGCACGAGAGCGAUGCAGCGCAGCACCAACCGGAUCAGGCACCGCGCAUCCACGAAACGAUGAUGAGCGGGAACGGAUGGCAUCGUAUGGUGUUUCUUGGAGCAUACUUGGCAUCGUUUCUCGCAAGGGCAUUUUGCUGCAGCAUGCUGUCGGGAGAAGCAAUUGAUGCACUUACCUAA